AUGCUCUCAGCAUAUAUGGGUGACAUGAAAGGGGAUGGGAAUGGGUUCUAUUUUCCUUACGCUGCGAGUAUGACUUCGAAUAUGGUACCACAAAACUUUCCGACUCCCUACGGAAUGCCACUGAGCAGUUAUGAGAUGCCGAAAGACGAGAACUAUUCUACGACUCUCUUAGCCCAGCAACAACAACAACAAAUUCAACAGCCACAGAUCACUUCGACUCCUUCACAUCAAAGUCAACCCAAACAGGUUUCAUUGACACCAGAAGAUGAAGAAUCCAAGAAAAAAUUAUUUGAUGUUUUCUUUUCCCCUUUACUGAGAGUUGCCGUGGACAAAUGGGCAUGCGAGCGAUGCGAUCGGAAAUAUCGUGAACGACGGGAUAAGAACAAUCUGGCGGCGAAGAAAUCUCGGAGUAAUCGACGCGAACGUGAAAAGUUGAUGCAACGGAAAUUGGAGGAGUUAGAAAAGGAAAAUGAAGCGCUCAGGGCGCAGUUGGCACUCUACACACAACAACUCGAAUACGCCAAAAAGGAGUAUGAACGGCAGAUGUCGGUAUCGUACGCAACGCAGCCUCAGAGCAUGAUUCUUCGUGACACUACGAACAGCAUAAUGGCAAAUACCCAACCACCGUUCUUCUAUUCAGCUCAAUUCACUCAACAAGCGAAUAUCUCUUGA